AUGCUCCUAUGCAUUCUGUCCAUCGUCCUCUCUCCUGCCUUCGAGAACUGUCCAGAGCACCCGCCGCAUCUGACAGAGCGACGUACGAUCAAACAUAACGCGAUAAAAGUGAACAGAAUCACUGCUGUGAACACAGCUCCCAACUCCACUUCCACAGCGCCUGCCCUUUGUGUCCCCGCAGUGUCUGCCCGUUGUGCUGCCGCAGAUGCCGAAAUUCCGCUCCAAGCGGCCAUUGACCCUACAGAUGCUAACAUUUCAUCCGAAGCGGCUAAUGCCCCCACAGAUGCUGAGAGUUCAUCCCAAGCGGCUACUGCCCCAAUCUCCAGUCUCCCAUGUCAGUCUACUGCUGCUCCUCUACAGGACGAUGACGAGUUCUCUGCGCACCUCAACGAGCUCGAAAACAUGCUCGAGGAAGAAAACGUCGGCGCGAUCCCGAUAGCCCUCCAGGUUGGCUCACAGAUUCGUGAGCCUUUGAACAACAAGCGCGCAUCGGCUCUGGUUAAACAAGAGCAAGCAAACCUCUCGUCGUCGAUGCCAUCCAAGAGCGGAGGACCCACUGUGCUUAGUCGCCCACAAAGUACCGAGCUCUCUGCGAAUGUUACUUCAUCCUCAUCGCCGCCGCGGCCCAUUAAGAAACGAUUAUUGCCGCCUACACAAGAGACAGCGGGAGUCAAACGAAGAGGCGAGACAACCACGGAUCAAGAGGCAGCGCCUUGUGAAUAUUGUCACCAAUACCUCGAGGGUGGUUUUCGAGCCAAAUCCAAAAGCAGUAGUAGUCAGAGCCAGAGUCCUGUGAGUUUGGCCGCUAUCAUGAUCCGAACCACGAACAUUCCCGCAGCUGAGCAGGGCUCCUAUUGUACAGCACAGGCCAGUACCGAGGCCGUGAAGUGGUUAAUAAGCGUCGAUGAAAUCAAUAUUCAAGAAAACUCAAGCAAAAACCACAAAAAAACCGUAAAAUCAAGAAACCCAAAAAAGACAUUGCCCAUAUGUUUCGUCGCAAGAAGAGCCUUUGCCAAGUGA